UCAGGAGAGGCGCUUGUGAGAUGCUGACCAAUGGGGGUGCAGAGUGUCCGGACUGUGAUGGUUUGGAUUUAAAGAGCAACCGGAGAGCUCGAGAGGCGGAGGGAUCGAGGCGGAUAGAGAGAACAAGGAGAGACCGAGCGGCGGUAGCGGGCGGGGAUCCGGCCAUGACAGACAGCAAAUUUGGAGUUGUUGCAAUGGAUGAUUUGGAAACAAUGGCUUUCAAUUCUGUUGAAGAGGAAAUUGCUUAUUGGAAAGAGCUUGCCCUAAAAUACCAGGACUGUGCACAGAACACUCGGGAAGAGUUAAUUGAGUUCCAGGAAGGAAGUCGAGAGCUAGAAGCGGAACUGGAGACUCAGCUUGAGCAUGCUGAAAACAGAAAUAGAGAUCUGCUAUCAGACAACAAUCGUCUCCGGAUGGAACUAGAGUUGUUUAAGGAAAAGUUAGAAGAGCAUCAUUCAGAGAAUUACAAACGGAUUACUAUGCUGCAGGAUGAGCUUGCUGAGACCACAGCGAUUAAAGACCAGUUGCAGAAAUACAUCCGAGAAUUAGAACAAGCAAAUGAUGACUUGGAACGGGCUAAAAGAGCAACAAUUAUGUCCUUGGAAGAUUUUGAGCAGCGGCUGAACCAGGCAAUUGAGAGGAAUGCCUUCUUGGAGAGUGAGCUAGAUGAGAAAGAAAAUCUUUUGGUUUCUGUACAAAGACUGAAAGAUGAAGCAAGAGAUCUGAGACAAGAAUUGGCAGUACAGCAAAAGCCAGAUUCCAUCAGGAAACCCACGAAUACCACAUUGGAUUCUGAAAAUGCGAUAGCGCAAGCAUCCACAACAAUGCCUUUGACCCCACUGAUAUGUAAAGGACCCAGCAGUGGGUUCCACACACCUGCUAUGUUUACAAAAGAUGGUUACACUGGCAGCCCUCUGACUCCAUCAGCCAGGAUUUCUGCACUUAAUAUAGUUGGAGACUUGCUUAGGAAAGUUGGGGCUCUCGAGUCCAAGCUUGCAUCCUGUAGGAAUUUUGUCUGGGAUCAAUCUCCAAACCGUGCAACUCUGCCGUCCACUCAGAAUGGAAACUGCUCAAUAAAAGACAGCAAUGAUAACAGGGUGUCCAAUGCCAAUUUACCCCAAUACGACAAAGGAUGCCAACAUAAGGCGAGGAAAUCUCCUAUGGUGGAAAGCUUUGGGAACUGUAGGGCCAAAGUCGUCUGUUCCCCUCAAGCAUAAAACACGUGCAACUGGUAUAUGUCCUGUCUCAAAUGACUCAUUCUGUAUUCCAAAUAUUUUUUGAUAUUUGUUGUAUUUCCAGGUUAGCCAAAAGGCUGGAGUUUGGAACACUUGCCUCGAAGGUCUGUGCACAAGCAACUGCGUCACCACAGGGUGUAGUCAAAAUCUUGCUCUGAGCAUGGUAAUUUUUAAAAAAUGUUUUAAAUGGAUAUUUUUGUAACCAAGCCCUAUAGCUUUCAGUGGGCAGUAGUAAAAGAAAAAUUCAUUUGUUUUUUUUUUGCUGGUGCAAGUUGAAGUUUAGUUUUUUUUUGAUGAAAGCUAAAAAUAGAUUUUUCUUUCAUAUUGAAGGUAUUUGACCCAUAUUUUAGACUAUAUUUAGAAGCCCUGUUCCACUGGAGAUGUGGGAUGAGAGCUCAUUAAAGAGGGGGAUAUGUAAUCAGAUCAUUGUUAACUGCUAAUUUCCAGUGGAGUUUUUUGGUCUCAGUUUUGUGCCUGAGUUUGAACUAUGUUACAGUAAUUGCCUUUUAGCAGAGUAACAGGGAAACUUGCUAAUUGAGGAAAAAUGACCAUCUUAAAGAAUCGAUUUUCUCAAAUUGAGCUUUUUCAUGCGAUUAUAGCUCAUUCAUUUGGCUUCUUGGUAACUGAUAGCUUGAGCCUUCACAUCUUGGUUCCUUAUAAACUAUUAGAUUGAAAUUAGAAUCCAUUAAUUCAUACUUGAUCCAAAAUCAUAACCACUGGGACUUUUAAAGAUGGUGAGUCAAAGUAUAGGUAGCUCCACAUAAACUUGUAGCUACUGAAGGUUCCAUUCUAUUUUACUAUUUAAUCUCCCUAAGCCUUGCAUUGGUGACCUUGAUGGUGUUGUAGCUCUUAUCCUAAAUAUCUUAAGACUGGAAUUACUGUGUAUCAAGAAAAUUCAAUACAAUAAUGUACCAGUUCUGUAUAUUCUUUGGACCCUUUUCGGCUGAGGAUUAAAAUUAUGUUUAUAAUAUGUAAGUCGCAUAUUUCACAAAUAUGUAACUUUUACUUCUGUAUACCAAUUUAUGUAGUAUAGUCAAAUAUGCCUUUCUAUAUCAAUUUGAGUUGUUCUGUGCAUGCUUGUGUUAGCACAGCAGUCAACACUUCUGUUUUCACCUUUGUAAAUAUUUAUUCUGUUACCUGCUCAUCUACCUUGGAAUCUCUUACGGAAGUUCAAGUUUGUUCCAUUGCUUUAAAUGUAUAUGUUUCCAAAAUUAUUCCUGUGCUUAAUACUGCUUUUUGCAAAAACUGUAUUCGAGUGUGUAGAAAUUUUUUAAGAAGCACAAAUCCAUUAACUAUAUAUAUGCUGAACAAGAGUACUUUUCAAAAACCCUUGGAAUAGAAGGGGUAUUGAACUGGUUGCAAUACUAGAUCUGGUUCACAAGAGAAUACUCAUGAUCAGUAUUAUAAGUCCUUUUUCAUGAGCGAAAUAUAUCUCUGGUAUGAUACUGGUGCAGUAUUCUGUUACCAUACACCCAUUACUGCUUGUAACUAGAGACAUUUGUUCAAAAAUUGACUGAAAACCAAAUUUACUGAAGAAUUUUGUGUGGUUCCCAAGGGAAUCUCGUCUUGUCCUGUGUUCUUUUUUCAAAUUGAGUGCAUAGGUAAGUGUACUAGGUCAACUGGUGUCAGUCAGUUGGAGUAGGAGAUUUAGUGCUUGUAAGAGCAGUUUGAAGAUCAAUAUCAAUUUAAUCUAUCAAAAGGGAUCAAGUUCUUGGUAUUGAUAUAUUUAAGCUGGGAAUGACUUUUGUAGAAGUGUUAAGUAGAUGAAGAAAAAAUUGUAGACUGAAUAGUGCCUUAAUGAUCAUAGUGCCUUUUGAUUAUGGAAGAACAGGUUGGGAUCCUGUGUUGGAUCUAGGUUUGACUGAGUUGAUUAUGUACCACACAAAAACUGUUUUUUCUAAGGAGUUAAACCUAAUGAACCAUUUAACUAACCUCUGAUGGACAUUAAUUUAUGAUUUGUUCUACAGGUAGUGAGAAAGCCACUUCAGUUUUAAUCCUGGCACUAGUAAACAAAUAGCUGAUGCACAUUUUCUCAAAGCUCAAGUCAAGAGGUUUAACCCUUGGGGAGGCCUGUCUGGGUUCAUUGCUAGGAUAAAGCCACAGGCUGACAAAGAGGUUGUUGUUUUCUGGUCAGAAAAGUUGAUUAACCAAAGCUAACUGAUGCAUUUAGGAUCACAAUGACCUUUGCUAUCAUCCCGAAGUCCAUAUAAAUUGGAGGAAAUGCACCAGGUCCUCCUUUUCCCAAGGAAAGAAAAAAUGCUGUUAAGGGGCAAGUCUCUGUGUCCUGAACCAAAACUGUGCUAUUUAUAUAUUUGCCCAAUGCAAGCUGGUUUACAUAGGGCCACCCAGACUUAGAAAGGCCACAGGUGUUGUCUCUUGUAGGGACUAUUCAGGUAGGACUGUGAUUCUCUUGAACACAUGACGAGAUCGAUGCUAUCUCUGUGAAUUUUGUUUUGACUCCAUGCAGAAUGCACUAAUGUCUUGCCGCUGUGUACUUGCAUUGAGAUUUGGAUUAUGUAAUUGUUUUUGCGCUCAUUUAAUAGAUCUCCAUGUUGGAGAAUGGAAUGUUUCCAGAUUUUUUUGCACCUGGUGCCCGUAUUAAAUUCCCUUUGCACUGCUGCAUGGUGCCUUAAUUCCAGCAUCAUUCACUGCUAUGAUGUCUUCAUUUUCCAUGCCAGGUCUCAGUGAGAGCAAAUUCAAUGUUAAGUUAAGGGGAUGGGUGUCUCUUCUAUAUUUGAUCCAGAAAAAAAAAUCAGUAAAUCAUUUCACCUGAAGUGAAUGGUUGUUGGUGGCAAAGGGAAUUUUCCUGCAACAAACGGAGGGACGUAAUCACGAUUGGAGUAUACUAUUUGGAUUGCCACCAGGAAGAGGAAAGUGAAUAUGGUUGCCAGGGGAUAAAGAAGAGAAAUACAAAUGUUUUCAUGUCUGAAAUCCUAGUCAGUGAUUUUGCCUAUCUUCACCCUUGGAGUACCAUAUUUCAUAAAUUGUGAAAUCACUGGUAGGGAUUGUGAAAAUAAUUAACAGACAUAUACUGUUACAGAUUUGGGCUUCUGUUUGUUUUCACAAAACGUUGCCAUAUCCAAGUUUAUAUCCUGCUAUGUCUGUAACCUAACUGUAUUUCUCAACUGAAAUAAAAUUAUCAUUCCCCA